AUUGGUUGUAGGCCAUUCUUAGAUGUGGCGGUGCAAUCGUUCAGAAUGGAUAAAAUGAAUAUUUGUUCGUUCAAUUGCGAUGACAACCCCGCAGAUAUUCUGUUUAUGCCGUGUGGUCAUCGAGUCGUUUGCUCGAUGUGCGUUCGGAAUAUAUCACUUCACAGAUGUCCGAAAUGCUAUCAGAAUAUCCUAUCAGCCAUCGAUUCGAGAGGCGAGAAAGUUGAAAUCGGAGCCGAUGUAAUAAAGGUGCUUGCGGAUGCAGAGGUAACAAUUGAUUCAGCCGACAAUCGAAAACUUUUCGAUGAAGAGGAAAUUCAAAAAAUUGCUGAAGAAGCCGCAGAGAGAGCGAAGGAAGCAGCCGAAAAAGAAACGAACCAACAAAUACGUGAACUGAGAAUGAAAUUGGAACAACUCGAAAUCGAAUUAUAUUGUCCCAUUUGUAUGGACCAACGUUGUACGAUUCUGUUCCAAUGUGGUCAUAAAGCGUGCGCCAACUGCUCCAGUCCAGAGCACCUUACAGUUUGCCAUAUGUGCAGAGAACCGAUCACGAGACGUACACGAAUCUUCACUUAA